AGAGACAGAGGCAGGGAGGGAGGGGAGAGAGAGAGAGAGAGAGAGAGAGAGAGGUCUUCCAUCUACUGGUUCACUCCCCAAAUGGCUGCAAUGACUGGAGCUAUGCCAAUCCAAUGCCAGGACCCUGGAGCUUCUUCUGGGUCUCCCACUGGGUACAGGGGCUCAAGGACUUGGGUCAUCUUUCACUGCUUUCCCAGGCCAAAGCAGAGAGCUGGGUUGGAAGUGGAGCAUCUGGGACUGUAACUGGCUCCUAUAUGGGAUGCUGGCAUUGUGGGUGGUGGCUUUACCUGCUACACCAAAGUGCCAGCCCCCUGAUACUACAUUAUUACUGCAACAUUUAAUAUUGAUAUUUCAAGUCUUCUUUAUUGUUAUUUUCAAAUUUUUCUUGGCUCCUAGGCCAGAAGAUAUCGUAAAAGUCAUUAAAAUUCUUUUAUAGUUAAUAUGAAAAUGCACCCAAAUAAAUCCUUUUAAAUCCCUUCUCUCCAAAUCCAAAAUACAAAAAUCCAAAUCCCUCCCCUCCAAAUCCAAAUAUUCCUCAUUCAUCCCAAUUCUAAGUCUUUAAAAAUUGCUUGGUGCAGGCAUUUGGCACAGUGCAUGGGUCACUGCUUAGGAUACCCCCAUUUAAUACCAGAGAAGUGGCCAGUUUGAUUCCUGACCACGCUGCUUCUGAUCCAGCUUCCUGCUACUACGCACUCUGGGGGACAGCAGGAGAUGGUUCAAAUAUUGGGUCCCUGCCAUGCAUAUAUGGGAGACACAGAUUGAGUUUCAUGCUCCUGUCUUAAGCCUGUCCUAGCCAUGGCCACUGUAGGCAUUUGGGGAGUAAAUUAGAGAACAGAAGAUCUCUCUCUGAGUCUUUGACUUUUAAAUAAAAAUGAAAAUCUAAAGAAAUGCCUGGGGACUGGCAAUGGCACAGUGAGUUAAGCAGUAACUUGCAAUGCCAGCAUCCUCAUCAGAGUGCCGGUUCUAGUCCCUGCUGCUCUGCUUCUGAUCCAGUUUCCUGCUAAUGUGCUUGAGAAGGCAAUGGAAGAUUCCCCAUUUGAGAAGUGGACCGAUGAAUGCAAGAUCUUUUUGUCUCUGUAUUCCUCUGCCUCUGUCACUCUGCCUUUCAAAUAAGUAAAUAAAUAAACAAAAAAAUAAAUCUUUUAAAAAUGCCUAUAAUCAGGGGGCACAUUUUUGGCACAGUAGUUAAGUUGCACUUGGGAUACCCACACCUCUUUCACAGAGUGCGAGGGUUGAGUUCCAGCUCCUCCACUUCAGAUUUAGCUUCCUGCUGAUGCACACCCUGUGAGGCAGCAGGUGAUGGCUCAAGCACUUGGAUCCCUGCCACCCACAUGGGAAACCCAAAUUGAAUUCCAGGCUCCUGGCUUUGGUCUGGUGCAGUCCUGGCCAUUGUGAGUAUUUGGGGAGUGAAGCAGCAGAUAGAAGAUCUGUGUGUCUAUAUGUCUCUUUCUGUCUCUCUGCUUUUCAAAUAAAAAAUGAAAAUAAACAAACAUUCUAAAAUACCCAUGAUCAAUCUGUCUAUGUGAAUGUGAUGUGUGUAGGAGGUGUAUUUCGUGUGUCUGUGGUGUGUGUGUGUGUGUGCACAGGAUACAUGUGGAGUGUGUCUGUGUAUGUAUGUGAAGUAUGUUUGCAGUUUGUUUAUUUGUGGAAUUAUAUGUGGUAUAUAUGGGAUAAUGGGAUAUGUUAAGUAUUUUUAAAAAAGAUUUAUUUAUCUAUUUGAAAGGCAGAGCUAGAGAGAGAGAAAGAGAGAGAAAGAGAUACAGAUCUUUUAUCCCCUGGUUCACUCUCCAAGUUGCCACAAUAGCUGGAGCUAGACCAGGUCAAAGCUAGGAGCUUGGAAAUCCACCUGGAUCUCCCACAUGAGUGACGGGGCCCAAGCACUUGGGCCAUUCUCCGCUGCUUUCCCAGGUGCAUUAGUAGGGAGCUGGAUUGGGAAAUGGAGCAGAGGACACUUGAACCUAUGCUCUGAUACGGGAUGCCAGCAUUGCAGGAGGCAGCUUAAACCGCUGUGUCACAUGCUGGUCCCGUGUUCAGGUAUUUAGGUGUGUGCAUAUUGUGUGCAAUGUGUAAGUUUGUAUGUGGCAUGUGUUUAUGUAUGUGGGUAUGUGGGAGUGGAAUAGAGAUACCGAGGCUUAAAAGGGUGCUAGGGUGCUCAGGUCAUGCCAGAAAGCCAGGCUUGGUCCUUACAACCCCCUGCCUUGUUGGGGAAAGCAGGGCCAUGACCAUGACCCUUUCUAGAUGCCACCUGUGGACAGCACUGUAGGUGCUGAGUGCUACUGCCCAAGUUGCAGUUUACCUCUGCCCUUCAACUCCUGAGAAAGGGGCAAUCCCCCCUUUAAGAGAGAGGAAGCUCCCAGGGCCCUGCCAAGUGAAAGAGCCUUACUAGUGGAGGUAAAGGUGGUGGAUGUGGUUCCAAUGGAGGGGUUCAAGUCAGGGUCAAGUGGGCCUUGGGGUCUCCCAGCUGAAUAAGCUAGCUACUGAGUAGGGAAAGACUCAGGAGGGAACCUGCAAGGCGGGGGAUCUUUGUCUCCAACAAGGAGUUAAGUGCCUAGUGUGGGCCUUGUUCUUUUCUCCUCCAGGUCGCACUCAGACAGUGCAACUCUGCCCAGUUCUGCUGCCGCCCACCUUCGUGUGCUGGUUCUUCAGUCUCCUGGGUCCACGGUACAGGGCUCAACAGUGAUUCCUGGUAGAGCUGUGAAGAGGGUGACUGUCACCUUGAGCGUGUCACACUCCCCUCUCCCUGUAGACCUUUCUUUGCCCUGGCUCCUAAACACUAUCUUUCUAGUUCCUACUGAGGAUGAAGACCCCCGGCAGGGAGCCUACCAGGCCAUGCCCCCAACUCAUGCUCUCGCCGUGCCCCUGCAGGGCAGCAGCACCUCCAGGCUCAUCCUCAGUGUCCUGUCCUCAUCCUGUGGCUUGAACCUGAGAUUACCUGUUUCCCAAUUUCCCUGCUGGAUGGAGUGGAGGAGACAGGAUCCCUUCCUUUUCGGAAAGGAUGCCUGGACUCAGACUCCCCAGGCCAGGAAGAGGAUCAGAUACCUCCAAAUCCAGGGUACAGGUCGGCUGAAGCUGUCAAUUGAUGCCCAGGAUCGGAUUCUGCUGCUCCACGUCAUAGAAGCCAAGGGUCUGAUGAACAAAGAGCCUGGUGUCUGCGAUCCCUAUGUGAAGAUCUCUUUGAUCCCUGAAGACAACCGAAGGCGCCGGCAGAAGACACAGACCAUUCCGGACUGCAGGAACCCGGCUUUCCACGAGCACUUCUUCUUUCCUGUCCAUGAGGAGGAUGAGCAGAAGCGUCUUCUAGUCACCGUGUGGAACAGGGCCGGCGGGUCCAGACGCAGUGAACUCAUCGGCUGCAUGAGCUUCGGGGUGAAGUCCCUGCUGACUCCGGACAAGGAGAUCAGUGGCUGGUACUACCUUCUCGGGGAGGACCUGGGCCGCACCAAGCACCUGAAGGUGGCCCGGCGGCGGCUGCGGCCCCUAGGAGACCCGUUGCUGAGGAUGCCAGGACGUGGGGACCCUGAGAAUGGGGAGAAGCUCCAGAUCACCAUCCCGCGGGGGAAGGACGGCUUCGGCUUCACCAUCUGCUGCGACUCUCCUGUCCGAGUGCAGGCUGUGGAUUCUGGGGGCCCGGCGGAGCGGGCAGGGCUGCAGCAGCUGGACACGGUGCUGCAGCUGAAUGAGAGGCCUGUGGAGCACUGGAAAUGUGUGGAGCUGGCACACGAGAUCCGGAGCUGCCCCAGUGAGAUCAUCCUCCUAGUGUGGCGCAUGGUCCCCCAGGUCAAGCCAGGGCCAGAUGGCGGAGUCCUGCGGCGCGCCUCCUGCAAGUCGGCACAUGACCUCCAGUCACCCCCUAACAAGCGGGAGAAGAACUGCACCCAUGGAGCCCAGGCGCGGCCUGAGCAGCGCCAUAGCUGCCACCUGGUGUGUGACAGCUCUGAUGGGCUGCUGCUCGGCGGCUGGGAGCGCUACACCGAGGUGACCAAGCGCGGGGGCCAGCACACCCUGCCUGCCUUGUCGCGUGCCACCGCCCCCACCGACCCCAACUAUAUCAUCCUGGCCCCGCUGAACCCUGGGAGCCAGCUGCUGCGGCCCGUGUACCAGGAGGACACCAUUCCUGAAGAAGAAUCAGGCACUCCCAGUAAAGGGAAGUCCUCCACAGGCCUGGGGAAGAAGUCCCGGCUGAUGAAGACGGUGCAGACCAUGAAGGGCCACGGGAACUACCAGAACUGCCCGGUCCUGAGGCCGCAUGCCCCGCACUCCAGCUACGGCACCUACGUCACCCUGGCCCCCAAGGUGCUGGUGUUCCCCGUCUUUGUUCAGCCGCUCGAUCUCUGCAACCCUGCCCGGACCCUCCUGCUCUCAGAGGAGCUGCUGCUGUACGAGGGGAGGAACAAGGCUGCCCAGGUAACCCUGUUCGCCUACUCGGACCUGCUGCUCUUCACGAAGGAGGAUGAGCCUGGCCGCUGCAACGUCCUGAGGAACCCCCUGUACCUCCAGAGCGUGAAGCUGCAGGAAGGCUCUUCUGAGGACCUGAAAUUCUGUGUGCUGUACCUGGCAGAGAAGGCAGAGUGCUUAUUCACUUUGGAGGCACACUCACAGGAGCAGAAGAAGAGAGUGUGCUGGUGCCUGGCAGAGAACAUCGCCAAGCAGCAACAGCUGGCCACCUCGCCCCUGCAGAGCAAGAUGUUUGAGACCGAGGCAGAUGAGAAGAGGGAGAUGCCCUCAGCUGAAGGGAAGGGGCCGGCUGCCGAGGCCCCCCCACCCAGCAAGGACCCCUCUUCUGGCCAGGAGCCUCCUCCAGAGCCAGAGCCACCCCUCAGCCAGGACCCGCCCAGCAGAGAUGCACCCACCUGCACGGAACCCACUCCGGAGCAAGAAGCCCCGUUGAGCAAGAAUGCCACGCCAUGCCAGGAACCGCCUCUGGCCCAGGACCCCCCACCCUGCGGUGACCUAUCUGCUGGCCAAGAGCCCCCUCCCAGCCAGGAUGCUCUACUCAGCAAAGACAUCCCUGCCAUCAGAGACCCCCCGUCCUGUCAAGGCCUGCCUCCCAGCCCUCCUCUGCUGGCUGAGACCACGGGCACAGGGGACCCCCCAGCGGCCCCCGGGGCCCCGCCUGCCGUCUCCAGGCCCGCCUUUGUGAUCCCCGAGGUCCGGCUGGAUAGCGCCUAUAGCCACAGGGCAGGUGCCGAGAGGGGCAGCUCAGGAGAGGAGGAGGAGGAUGCAGAAGAGGCAGAGGAGGGCGAGGAAGGGGAGGAAGACGAGGAGGAGGACACGAGCGAUGACAACUACACGGAGCGCAGCGAGGCCAAGCGCAGCAGCAUGAUCGAGACAGGCCCGGGGGCCGAGGGCGGCCUCUCGCUGCGGGUGCAGAACUCACUGCGGCGCCGGACGCACAGCGAGGGCAGCCUGCUGCAGGAGGCCCGCGGGCCCUGCUUCUCCUCGGACACCACCUUGCACUGCUCGGACGGCGAGGGCGCCGCGUCCUCCUGGGCCAUCCCUUCACCCCGCACCCUCAAGAAGGAGCUGGGCCGCAAUGGGGGCUCCAUGCACCAUCUGUCCCUCUUCUUCACGGGGCACAGGAAGAUGAGUGGGGAUGAUGACGAGGCCUCCCGGAAGAGAAAGAGCAAAAACCUAGCCAAGGACAUGAAGACCAAGCUGGGCAUCUUCAGGAGGCGGAACGAGUCCCCUGGGGCCCAGCCGGCGGGCAAGGCAGACAAAAUGAUGAAGUCAUUCAAGCCCACCUCGGAGGAAGCCCUCAAGUGGAGCGAGUCCUUGGAGAAGCUGCUGCUUCAUAAAUAUGGCUUAGCCGUGUUCCAGGCCUUCCUCCGCACGGAGUUUAGCGAGGAGAACCUGGAGUUCUGGCUGGCUUGUGAGGACUUCAAGAAGGUCAAGUCGCAGUCCAAGAUGGCAGCCAAAGCCAAGAAGAUCUUUGCUGAAUACAUCGCGAUCCAGGCGUGCAAGGAGGUCAACCUGGACUCGUACACGCGGGAGCACACCAAGGACAACCUGCAGAGCGUCACGCGUGGCUGCUUCGACCUGGCCCAGAAGCGUAUCUUUGGGCUCAUGGAAAAGGACUCGUACCCCCGCUUCCUCCGCUCUGACCUCUACCUGGACCUCAUUCAGCAGAAGAAGAUGAGUCCCCCGCUUUAGGAGCUGCUGGAGUGGAGCUCACCCUUCACAGCAGGCAGGCUGGGCCCCCCGCCCACCUGCCUUCCUCCCUACUGCGACGGAGGGGGCAGGCAAGCCCCCAGAGGACAGACGGACGGACACUGGGACGCGAGGCCGGGUCCAAGGAGACCCAGGCCGCUGGAAGAGUAGAAGGGCUGGGUCCCCGCUGGGUCCCCACUGUCCCGGUACGAGGGGGCCCAGGGCCCUGGCAGGGCGGGGGCCCCGGCGGAGCUAGAUCUGGAGCUGCCACUCCCGGCCGCAGAGACCUCGGAGACUUCGCGUUGACCAAGUUCUUUAGAGAGCUGGCUGAAGGGGCAGGAGGCCUGGGCCUGGGCUCGGGCCCCCGCUGGGGGCUGUGGGGCUCGGCAGCACGGCCGCCCACCUUGAGUUCUAUUUAUUGAAACAGCAGCUGGACGCUUGGCCGUCAUGCCGCGCUAGGAAGCCCUUGCCGCGUCAGUUUCCCUCAUUUCCAAGUGCAAUAUUUUAACCAGCGCCUUGUGAAAAGCCACCUGCCAGACGAGGGGCCGCCAUUCUCCAGGUGCAGGGCGUUUGCUGGUCUCAGGCACCAGUGGUGGCAGCAGGGCCUUCUGGACCGAGGGGUCCUGGAGGGCACCGCGGGCUGACCUCACAGACACCUGGCACAGGUGGGGUGUCGCUUGGCGGCUCUGGGCAAGCAUGGCACCCUCGGACCACACAGUAGCCAAGUUCUGGAACAAAUAAAAGGCCUGUGUUACUUCUC